UAGAAGUUGCCCCUCGUGCAAAAUGAUUACAUUUGCAGGGAAGUCAGCUUUUCGUAGCUGCUGUUUGAGCUACACAAGACUGUGUCAUGCAGCUGCUCUGAAGCAUCAUCAUCUGCAGAAAAUGUAUUGUAUAUCUGCUUUAACUCAGUCACCUGUGAGAAAUCAUCAUGAUGUUGUUGAGAUAAGGAGAUGUAUUUCCUUGUCUGCCAACAAUUAUGCAAAAGGAAAGGAUAAGAAAAAAGACAAAGGAAAAACGUCCAUAAGGGUGGAUGAAAACGAGAUGUCGGAGCUGAUGGACGUAGACGCGUUCAGGAGUCGCCUGGAGUCCGUGGUGGAGCGGCUCAGGGACAACUUUGUCAAACAGCUGUCCGUCCGCACAUCGAUCGGCAGCAUCGAGCUGCUGCCGGUGUCCUUCGAGGGCGAUCAGUACCCGCUGAACGAGCUGGCCCAGGUCGUCCGCAAGUCGGCCACCCUGGUGGUCAUUAACAGCUCCGCGUUCCCCGAGGCGGUCGGCGAGAUCGUGCGCGCCCUGCAUGCGGCCGGCAUGGGCCUCAACCCGCAGCAGGAGGGCACCACCGUCUACGUCCAGAUCCCCAAGGUAACACGAGAACAUCGUGAAAGCUUGGCAAAAGGAGCGAAGGCAGCCUUCAACACCGCCAAGGAUAAGUUGAAAGAUGUGCAGAACGGCCAGCUAAGAGCCCUCAAGAAAAACGAUAGCGUCUCUGAGGAUCUCUUACGCAACGUGCAGUCACAUGUGACGACGAUGACCCACCAGUAUGUGCGUCUGCAGAGACGAUGCUCAAGGCCAAGACGGCCGAACUGCUGGGCGACAACUUGCAACUAG